AAAGAGAAAGAGGCUAAAAUUAGACAGAAACCAAAAGGAAAGAAAAAGGACCCCAAGGCCUACGGUUUUUUUUUUUUUUGUACUUCCUCCAUUGCAGCCCCGUUCUGCAUUAUUUGCUCUGUAUCAGGAUUUUCCUCUGUUUUUUCAGGUCAGCUAUACCAGGAUUCCAGGGGUGCCCACUACUACAGCUUUUUCUUUUCUUCAACAAUUCUUUGAUCACGACUUCGGUUUAGGUUAAUAUCAUCGUACAAUUUCUCAGUUAGAACUGGUGAAGGUACAAGAUGCUUGGCAAUGGGGUGGUUGGGAUCCUUUCUGAGUCUGUGAAUAAAUGGGAAAGAAGAGUUCCUCUAACCCCAUCACACUGUGCUCGACUUCUGCACAGUGGGAGGGAAAAAACUGGAAUAGCCCGUAUAAUCGUGCAGCCAUCUACGAAGCGCAUCCAUCACGAUUCACUCUAUGAAGAUGUUGGUUGUGAGAUAUCAGAUGACUUGUCAGAAUGCGGUCUUAUUUUGGGCAUCAAGCAACCAAAGCUAGACAUGAUUCUUCCUGAUAGAGCUUAUGCCUUCUUCUCACAUACUCACAAAGCCCAGAAAGAAAACAUGCCUUUGUUAUAUAAGAUCCUGGCGGAGAGGGCGUCAUUGUAUGACUAUGAGCUUAUUGUUGGGGGCCAUGGUAAAAGGUUACUUGCAUUUGGCAAAUAUGCUGGCAGAGCAGGAAUUAUUGAUUUCUUAUGCGGAUUGGGACAGAGGUAUCUAAGUCUUGGAUAUUCAACACCUUUCCUCUCUCUUGGUUCAUCUUAUAUGUAUCCUUCCUUGGCUGCUGCAAAGGCUGCAGUGAUUUCUGUGGGUGAAGAGAUAGCAUCUCAGGGACUGCCAUCAGGAAUCUGUCCUCUAGUCUUUGUAUUCACCGGUUCUGGAAAUGUUGCUCUUGGUGCACAAGAGAUAUUUAAGCUUCUUCCUCAUAGUUUUGUUGAACCAAGCAGACUUCCAGAACUCUUUGGGAAGGGAAGGAAUCUCAAUUCACCUGUACGAACAUCAAAGAGGGUCUUUCAAGUUUAUGGUUGUGUUGUAACUAGUCGGGACAUGGUUGAGUACAAAGAUCCUUCAAAAACAUUUGAUAAAGCAGAUUAUUAUGCUCAUCCAGAACACUACAACCCUGUUUUCCACGAAAAAAUAGCCCCAUAUGCAACAGCAGUUGUCAAUUGCAUGUAUUGGGAGAAGAGAUUUCCUCGGUUGUUGAGUACCCAGCAGGUUCAAGAUCUCAUGAGGAAAGGUUGUCCACUUGUUGGAAUCUCUGAUAUAACUUGUGAUAUAGGGGGCUCAAUAGAGUUUGUUAACCAAACCACAUCAAUUGAUUUACCUUUCUUCAGAUAUGAUCCCUUAACUGAUUCCUACCAUCAUGACAUAGAGGGUAACGGAAUAAUAUGUUCAGCUGUUGACAUUCUUCCAACUGAGUUUGCAAAAGAGGCUUCUCAACACUUUGGAGACAUUCUAUCCCAACUUGUUGGUGGUUUAGCUUCUACAACAGACAUUACUAAGUUACCUGCACACCUGAAGAGAGCUUGCAUAGCUCAUAGGGGAGCACUUACCUCCUUAUACGAAUAUAUCCCUCGUAUGAGAAAUUCAGACACAGAAGAUAUAUCAUAUAAUCUUGCAAAUGGCCAGUCCAACAAGAAAUACAGUGUAUUGGUAUCUCUGAGUGGCCACUUAUUUGAUCAGUUCCUGAUAAAUGAGGCUUUGGAUAUAAUUGAAGCUGCAGGUGGCUCCUUCCACUUGGUUAAGUGCCAAGUGGGCCAGAGUACAAGUGCCAUGUCGUACUCAGAACUUGAGGUUGGUGCAGAUGAUAGGGACGUUCUGGAUCAGAUUAUUGAUUCUUUAACUUCUAUUGCUAACCCAAGUGAAAAUCAUGGGAUCGUAAGUCAAGAAAUGAAUAAGAUUUUCCUGAAGGUUGGUAAGCUCCAGGAGACUGGGGUCAAGAAGGAGUUCGACACAAAAAAGAGGACAUCAGUUCUUAUCCUUGGUGCAGGCCGGGUCUGUCAACCAGCUGCUGAGCUGUUGGCAUCAAUUGGAAGCAGCUCAUCCCGCCAAUGGUAUAAAGCAUGCCUCGAAACUGAUUUUGAAGAGCAGCACGAUGUCCAUGUUAUUGUUGCAUCUCUCUACCUUAAGGAUGCAGAAGAGAUAAUUCAAGGUAUUCCAAAUGCAACGGCAGUUGAGCUUGAUGUGACAGAUCAUAGAACUCUCUGCGAGUAUAUUUCGCAGGUUGAGGUCGUUGUGAGUUUGUUGCCUUCUAGUUGCCACGUUGUUGUGGCAAAUGUGUGCAUUGAGCUUAAGAAACAUCUGGUCACUGCAAGUUAUGUUGACAAUUCCAUGUCAAUGCUGGAUGAGAAGGCCAAGAGUGCAGGUAUUACAAUUCUUGGUGAAAUGGGCUUGGACCCUGGAAUCGAUCAUAUGAUGGCAAUGAAGAUGAUCAACCAAGCGCAUGUCAGAAAGGGAAAAAUAAAAUCUUUCACUUCAUACUGUGGAGGGCUCCCAUCACCAGCAGCUGCAAAUAAUCCAUUAGCAUAUAAAUUCAGUUGGAACCCUGCAGGAGCUAUACGAGCUGGGAGAAAUCCUGCAACCUACAAAUCUCAAGAUGAAACUGUACAUGUAAACGGGGAUGACCUCUACGAUUCAGCCGUAAGAUUCCGCAUACCUGAGCUUCCAGCUUUUGCAUUGGAGUGUCUUCCUAACCGUAACUCAUUAACAUAUGGGGAGAUGUAUGGAAUAGGACAUGAAGCAUCGACCAUAUUCCGUGGAACUCUCCGCUAUGAAGGUUUUAGUGAGAUAAUGGGGACACUAGUGAGAAUUGGUCUAUUCGAUGCCGAAGCUCAUCCACUUCUUGAACAUGGAAGUCGACCCACAUUUAGAGCUUUCCUCUGUGAACUUCUAGAGAUUAAUACUGAAGCUAUGGGUGAAGCUCUAGUUGGAGAGAAGGAGAUAACUGAAAGGAUUGUAAAGCUCGGACACUGCAAGGAGCGAAGAACAGCAAUACAGGCUGCCAAAACUAUAAUGUUUUUGGGACUACACGAGCAGACAGAAAUUCCUGUUUCCUGCCAAAGUGCGUUUGCUGUAACCUGUCAUCGAAUGGAAGAAAGGCUAGCGUAUUCUAGCACAGAACAGGAUAUGGUUUUGUUGCAUCAUGAAGUGGAAGUAGAUUACCCGGCUAGCCAACAAACAGAGCACCAUACGGCCACUUUAUUGGAAUUUGGGAAGGCUAAGAAUGGGAAAAUGAUCUCUGCUAUGGCUCUUACUGUCGGUGUUCCUGUCGCAGUUGGAGCUCUGCUUUUACUUGUAAACAAGAUCACAACACGAGGUGUUUUGAGGCCUAUCGAUCCUGAAGUUUACGUACCAGCUUUGGAUAUCCUUCAAGCCUAUGGCAUCAAAUUGACGGAGAAAACCGAGUGACCACCAUUGUUCAAGAUAUCCUUUAUAUAUUCUAGUGAACAAAUCCUGAGAAAAUUUCAAAUGAGGAGAAGAUGAUUAUCGGGUAAUUGGAACUACAUGGUUGGUUCGAGUAUUCCAUUGGGGUCUCCUUGCAGACCCACAAGAGGGGGACCGGAUGAUACCAACCUCAGGACUUUUCAAUUAUUUUAAAGCAUGUAAAUAAAAUGUGUACAACUUCUUUAUUUAAAUUCAAUAAAUGAAAAACCUUUUUAAUCUUCUAAAAUACUAUAUUAUUUCUUA